CGUGGUGAAUGUCAAGCGCGGGAAGAAGCAGCUAGUUGCCUGCCUGGAAGUUUUCUCGGGUUUUCCGCUUAAAAACAGUCGUGGGUGUAAAAAUCCUUUGAGAAAAAAGGUUUAUAAGCUAGCUGAGUACUUUCAGCACUCGAACGCAUUGAAAAAACACAGUUUAAAGUCCCAAAUCGGACGCUAACAUGUCGGAAAGAUCGAAAGGUGACGUGUCCGCUCGCAUAAACAACAAUGCAAACCCGACGCGUGUCGUUAAAAAUCCACUUUUGAGCGCCUCCGUUACCGGGCUCAGUUUCGACGACUUUCCCAACAAGCCGCAACUGCUGCCCGCCGCCCCGCCCGUGGUCCAUGCCACGACCCCGGCACCGGCGCCCGCCCUCAUCGCUGGCAUCUUGAACCGCGAACCAAAAACAUUGGUAACCGUUGGCCAGCCAUCGAGCAUCGACGACAGCGAAGCCCUCGACGAGAUUAACUUGAACACCAGCAGCGACGAUUCAAUUGGCGCAGGAGGAGGAUCGAGUCCAUAUCGAGGAGCAGGCGAUCCGAACGCCAAUCCUCUGUUGGAGCCACCUCAGGAGGCGGGCAACGAUUCACUGCUGAGCCAGGCGGCCUCCUCCUUCACCGCCCUGCCCGCAGUGGCCUCCAAUGUGUUCUCGACCUUCUCGAAGCGAAUCUACGCCGGCGGCAGCAGGGAGUCCUCGGAGGAGCCCCGAUUGGAAAUCCAGCCCACUUACAUUCAGCAGGCUAGCUACGCACCGCCAGUAGCUUCGGUACCCGCUCCCUUUUACGCUGCUCCACCAGCGGCGGCGCAUGAAGUGGUUGCCCCCGAGCCGCCCAAGUUUUACGCACCCACUGAGGUGCCGGCACCGAACAUUGGAGUUCCUCCUGGACCAACGCCGGCAGCGGGAAAUCCUAAUACUUAUCGGUUAACCGCCAGAAAGAAGACAUACGCUCCCAUUCCCGGAUUUUCCGAGCAAUCCGGACAAGCUGCCCAGCUUCCACAGGCUCCGCAAGCGGCUCAAUCGUUCCAAACGCCACCCUAUCCUCCUCAGCUUCAGCCGACUCCCGCAGCAAACCCUACUUUUGCUCCUGCUCUUGCUCCCUUUGACAUAUCAGCUCAGCCUGCUCCCCAGCCCGUCGAGGAACGCAAAUCCGGCGGAGGACUUUUCUCACUGACCAGUCUUGUGCCCACGGGAGUUUUGCAGAACAUCUCUGGGUUAGUGCAAUCUGCCACUGGUCUAAUCAGUGAGCCAGUUCCCCAAUCCAAUCCGCAACAAACAGGUGGCUACUUUGACAUUUCGACAGGAGCACCAGCUUCAUCGACCAACUUAUUUGGGGGUCCUACUCCAGCUCCGCCGUCAGGAGGUAACUAUUUCGUACCGAGUGCCGCAAGCGAGGUGGUAGCUCCCAAUCCUGUUGGAAAUUUCUUUGCACCACCAGUUCCGCCGCCUGGAGCUCCACCAUCAGUAUCUGAGGGAACAUUCACACCGGUAGCCCCUCCACCAGUUCUGGGAGGGUUCUUUACUCCUGCAGCGACAUCAAUAGCCCCAGGAGUAGUGCCGCCAACAGAUCCUUCCGUUUUCACUGGAGGAGCCAUUCCACCAGCUGCCCCACCAGCUGUUCCAUCAGUACCUUUAAGUACAUCAGGAGUAUUACCAGCAAAUCUUCCUCCCACAUCCGCAGUAGGAGGUUUCUUCAAUCCAGAAGCUGUUACGCCUUCAACCACAACAGGACUACCACCAGCAAAUCUUCCUCCAGCAUCUGCAGUUGGAGCGUUCUUCACUCCCGCAACAGUGCAGUCUGCUGUCCCAGCAGCUUCUCAACCGAAUCCCUUGCCAGGAGCACCGCCCGUUGCAGCUGCACCACCACCAGCUGCUGGUCAGGCAUCAUAUCGCCUGCAAAAGGGCACUCGUCUCUACAAGAGUCCAUUGACGGCACAGGAAACUGCUGCUUCCACUGGCUUCGCUGCUCCAUUGCCAACCGCAUCUGUGCCAUCGGCCAUUUUCAAUCCAUUUGGAGGACCAUUUAAUUCAGGUACACAACUGGAAAGCCAAAGCAUUCAAGCAGUGCCAUUCUAUACACCGCCGGUUUACAGUCCCGCAGUUCCUGCGACAGAACAAGUAGCUGAUAUCGGUGUAGGAUUCUCGGCUCCGCCAGUAGCUAUCAUUGCAAGUGCUGCUCCUCCGCCAGCAGCAUCUAUUGCUCCUCCGCCAGCAGCAUCUAUUGCUCCUCCGCCAGCAGCAUCUAUUGCUCCUCCGCCAGCAGCAUCUAUUGCUCAUCCGCCAGCAGCAUCUAUUGCUCCUCCGCCAGCAACAUUAACAGCAAGUGUUGCUAAUCCAUCAGCUGGCAUUGCAAGUGUACCCCUCUUCGCAGCACCUCCAACAUCCUCCUCGGCCAUUCCCUUUUUCAACCCACAAUCGAGUGACAAAGAAGUACCAAGUGCUUUGAUCCAAAAGGAACCUUCGAAAGUUUUGGAAACACUGGUCCAAGAACCUAAAUCAGACCAAGGAAUUCCCUUGUUUGCACCAACACCCUCGGCCAGUAACUUCUUUAAUCCUCCACCGUUGACAGAAACUAAGAAGGAGAAUCCAAAAGCUCUGAUUGAAAAGGAAACUGCAAGUGAGUCAUCAUCGAUUCAAGGAAUCCCAUUCUUUGCACCACCGCCUCCAGCGACAACGGGUAUAAAUCUUUUUACACCGCAAAUUGUACAGGAUAAUAUAAAAUCAACAGGGGAAUCCAAGCAGUCAGAGAUUACAGGAGCACCACCAGCAGAAACCACUCAAAGUGUUGUUUCUUCAACUGCACCACCAUCUUCAACUCCCAGCAGUUCCUUCUUCGCGACCCAAGAAGUUCCAUUAUUUUGUCCUGCUGUUAUCGAACCUGUUUUGGAAAAUACUCCACCGACCAUCUCGGGAACGAGUGCUCCACCAGAACCAGCUCCAUCUGCGCCAUUGGAAGCAGAGAUUCCAUUGUUCGUGCCAGUGCCAGCUUUAUCGGGACAAAGUCAGAGUGUACCCUUAUAUCCACCACCACCAACUGGAUCCAACGAUCCCAGCGGUCUGUUUGCUCCGCCACCAGCAAUUUCAAGUGCUCCUGAUCCUGUAACUUCAACUGUUUCUUCGUUUUUUGCCCCCACUCAAGUGGAUUCUACUACUUCCUUAUUUGCUCCGCCUCCAGCUGCAAGUUCUUCAAUUUCCACACCUGUUCCACCAACGAGCUCUACAUUGUUUGCUCCUAUAUCAACAACCCAAUCCUCGUCUGAGUUAGUGGAUGCUCCGCCUGGUUUCCUUGGAACACCAGAGGCUAACACCACACAUCUGUUCCAGAGCAACUCCGAAACCCAAACAGUUUUUAGUCCAUUUGCGCAAACUAAAGCUACACCUUUGAUUCAGGAAACGGGACAGGAACUGGUUCCACCUCCAAUUGGAUUCUUUGCACAACCGACCGAGGCCGAAGCACUUAAUCACCCACCACUUGCUCCAUCGCCCUUGCAAAGCUUCUUUACCCCGGCACCCGGGGCAGCUGCAUCCGCGGACUUCAGCUUCUUUGGAAGUCCUCCAGCACCAAGCAGUGUGUUUCCGGACUUGCCAGUUCAGCAAGGAAUUGCACCGCCACCGUUGGCCCAGGAGCCACCUCCGCAGGCUGUUGGCGCAGAAAUUGCCCCAGCUCCUUUAGGAUUCGAUUUGCUGAGCCAAUCCCAGCAAGCGCAAGACCAGGCACCAACUUCGAUCGAAAAUUCGUAUUCAAAUUCAAGUGUCAACUCUUUCACCGGCUUUUUUGGCGGCCCCAGUGCCCCUCCACCGGCAUCCGCUGCACCUGAGCCAGCUCCAGCUCCGGUUGCUCCAGCUUUGAACUGCGAUCCGGUCAACUUCUUCGAUCAAGUGCCCCAGACGCAGUCGCAAAUCCAGCAAGCCAACGAGGAUCAGCGCAUCCAGAACUUCUUCAACAAUCCGCCAUUGCAGGAUCAACCUGCUGGUCCGGGUGAACUCAAGUACGACAUUGUGCACAGCGGAGUGGCUGUGAGACAGCUGCAGGAACGCUCGCAGACACCCAUCUCCAAUCUUGUCGAGCCUCCCUCGUCGGCUUGCUCUGAGUUCUCAACGCUAGCUCCUGCUCCCACGCCAACCGAUCGCCAGACAGGCGAGGAUCUACUACAGCAGCACCUGGGUGAAUUGCCCGAGGAGAUCCUCAAAGAACUCAGGAUGGCCAAUGCCAGCAGCGAUAAGGGUCAGGUGGCGACACCUCCAGUGGCCAUCGCCUACUCACCAGUGGUGGUCCAUUGGUUCUACAAACGCAGUGUGGACACGAAAUUCAUCUGGACACCAUUCAGCCACUAUGAUUCAGCCUUGUUGGAAACAGGCCUUAAUAUGGACGACUCCACACUGGUAAUUCCCGUCGAGGGCGGUCGCUACGAUGUGAACAUCAAGGAGCGCACCAAGACACCCGUCUACUGGGAGGGAAAGGCCAUCGAAGUGAGGCGCUGCUCCUGGUUCUACAAGGGCGUCGACUCCAAGUACGUGCCCUACACCGAGGAUACGGCCGCUCUGCUGGAGGCCGAGUACAAGCGAUCCGCGGAGACUGGCGAGUGGCAUCAGAAGAUCAUGCUGGCCGGCGGCGAGCAGGUGGUCUUCCACGGACCCACAGUCAUCGUGCACUUCCUGCCGCAACAGAAUGCGGACACGUGGGGGGCCAGCACGCAGGGCUCCAUGCGUCCGCGGGUGGUGAAACGGGAUCUGGAUGACUUCACCAUCGAACAGGGCGAAUCGCAGCGAGUGGAUCACCUGCUCUUCAUGGUCCAUGGCAUUGGAUCGGCCUGUGAUUUGAAAAUGCGUUCGGUGGAGGAAGUUGUGGAUGACUUCCGGGUUAUUGCCCAGCAAUUGGUUCAAUCGCACUAUAAGAACUCCACGGACAUGGGCCUGGUGGGUCGCGUUGAAGUCCUGCCCAUCUCCUGGCACGGUCACCUGCACUCCGAGGAGCUGGGCAUCGAUGAAAAGCUCAAGUCCAUCACGUUGGAGUCGAUUCCACGCCUGCGAAACUUCACCAACGACACCCUGCUCGACGUGCUCUUCUACACCAGUCCAAAGUACUGCCAGAAGAUCAUGAACACAGUGGCCGAUGCCCUCAAUGAUGUCUAUCUAAAGUACCGAAUGCGGCAUCCGGAAUUUAACGGAGGAGUCUCGCUGGCCGGACACAGUCUCGGCUCGCUGAUCCUGUUCGAUCUGCUGUGCCAUCAGGAGCCGCUCAAGGAAAGCGAGGAGGAGAAUAAAGAGAAUCCCGAUCAACUGCCGCAGAAGCAAGUCAACCAGAAGGUUCAGCUGCCGACCAGUGACCUUCUGCCCAAACAAGUCAGCUACGCCAUGGGACCGGAGGGCACGGGACAGCCCGUGAUCACAUAUACGCAGCUCAUAUUCCACCCGAAGAAGUUCUUCGCUUUGGGCUCACCCAUUGGAAUGUUUGUGACGAUCCGGGGGAUCGAUAAGCUCGGCCUCGACUUCCACCUGCCCACGUGUCCGGGUUUCUACAACAUAUUCCAUCCCUUCGAUCCGGUGGCCUAUCGGAUUGAGGCGCUCGUCAAUCCGGAUAUGAAUGGCAUUCGGCCGGUGUUGAUUCCCCACCACAAGGGACGCAAACGGAUGCAUCUGGAGCUAAAGGAGACGAUGAGUCGGGUGGGAGCGGACAUCAAGCAGAGGUUCAUGGACACGUUCAAGACCACGCUGGACAGUGUCAAUUUCCUGGCCACCGUGACGAAGGUGAAGAAGGAAGCCGAAGAGUCGUUGGAAAAGGAGACAAGUCAGACCUCUUCACAGGCUUUGCAAAAGCAAAUGGAGGAUCAGGACGAGCUCUCCGUGGCCAGCUCUUCCAGCAAACUGCGAAAUCGAACCGAUUCCAACUCGACCACGGCUUCCGAACCAGAGUUCAUAGAACUUGACUUCCCGCUGGGUAAGCUGAACGAUUCGAAGCGAGUGGAUUAUGUGCUCCAGGAAGCGCCUCUGGAGUUCAUCAACGAGUACAUUUUUGCCCUAAGCAGCCAUGUGUGCUACUGGGGUUCCGAAGAUACGAUCCUUUUCGUGAUGAAGGAGAUCUACGCCAGCCUGGGCAUUAGCACCGACAGUCAGGUGCCGCAGUCGUCCAUGACCAUCGAGCGACCCGUCUCCCACGAAAGCAGUGUCAGCCAUUCGCUGAUGCCGAUGUGAGUCCAACAAACCACACGAGCGCUCUGUUGGAUCCACCGAUCCUUUGUAUCACACACACCAUAACUAUAUAUAUUUAGUACCAAUUUAUUUAGAUAUGUUAUUUGUUAGCCGAAUCAUACAAAGAAUUUUCCAUAUGUGCAACUCUAACAUGGUUAAUGGUAUUAUCAAAGUAAGAAGUCUUUAUCGUUUGAGCGACUAACCGCUAGCAAGUUCUCGAGCUUUACAAAUUGUCACUUAUAUUUACCGGAUGAGCACCGACUAGUGCUGUUUGUUAUUUUUGUAAUAUCGCCUGUGUAAUUGACUUUGUAACUUGUAUGCUUAACAAAGUGUAUGUCUAAACAUUUUAAAAUAAAGAACAUAACCAUUGUUUUCAAAA